AUGGGCAGCCUCCCCCCCUCUCUCAUCUACUUCCGUCACACUUUGAUCCUAUCUUUUCUUUAUCCCUCAAUCCUCGUCCUCAAGAUAGCCGCGACAAUUCCCUCCCUCGCCGAAGAGCGCUACCGCGACUCGCAGUCCUCGACCUUUCCACUCCCAACCAGUCCUUCCGAGCCUCUCCCCGGAGCCCUAGCAACGAUUCUGUCUCACAAGUCCUACCGCGCCUUCCUCCGCGACAAGCCCCUUCCCAAGGGAACGCUGGAAACACUCCUUACGGCCGCCCAAAGCGGCUCGACCUCAUCCCUCUACCAAACAUGGGACGUCGUCGCCAUUCAAGACCUCGAGCAUAAGUCCAAAGUUGCGACGCUCGCAGGCAGCCAAGACUUUAUCCGUCAGGCGCCCCUAUUUCUUGCAUUCUGUCCGAAUCUGCGCCGCCUAGACAAUCUUUCAAAGCAGUAUGAACAGCAACCGGCUAGGGCGCUGGAGAACAUGGACAUGUUUAUCAUGAGUGCCCUGGCCGCGGCGAUCGCGGGACAGACUGUUGCCAUCGCUGCCGAGUCGCUAGGCCUGGGGAUCUGUUACGUCGGCGCACUCCGGAACAACGCCGAGCAGAUCUGCGAACUGUUGAACAUACCGCCGUUGACGUGGGGUGUAUUUGGGAUGGCGAUUGGGUAUGCGGAUUCUGAGAAUCAGCUCUCCGGCAAGCAGAUUAAGCCGCGCCUGCCGAGGCGGGAGAUUGUCCAUAUGGAGCGAUAG